GGCCGGCGCGGGCCCAGCCUCCGGGCGGGGCGGCCGUGAGGGAAGUGCCCGGCGGGCGGCGCUGCGGGGCCGGGGGCCUCGGGCGCGCCGAGCGGGGCGGGCUGACUGCCGGGACCUAGCCGCCCACCUCGUCCAGUCUCCGCGGGUGGACAUGGCCAGCCCACCCCGCUGUCCGCUGGGCAUCCGGGGUGCUCCCGCUCCCGGGCCCUCCUGCGGGCCUGUCGGUCUGGGCCGCCUCCACUCUGUCCUCCCCCUGUCCCACCCCCUCCCCCCGGGGCGCCGGCCGGAUGUGCUGGCGUGCGGAUCGCUCCGGUGACAGCCCGCCUGGAUGGUAUAAAGCUCCAAGCAACAGGGAGGUGCAGAUACUGGCCUUUUCCCAGAGCAAGGGUCCCCUAAGGGUGACGAAGAGGCCGAGGGGACCAGGCAGCAGAGUACCAGGACCAGACACCCCAGCAAUGACCAGUUCCCCUGUGUCCAGAGUCGUCUACAACGGCAAGAGGAACAGUAGUCCGCGCUCCCCCCCUACCAGCAGCGAGAUCUUCACACCUGCCCACGAGGAGAAUGUGCGCUUCAUCUACGAAGGCUUUGGGGGGCUCUCACCCCCCUCCCCCUCUGCAGCCUGGCAGGGUGUGGAGCGGGACCUGCGCAACCAGGUGGCGGGCAGUGAGCGGGGCCUGGUGGAAGAGUACGUGGAGAAGGUCCCUAACCCCAGCCUAAAAACCUUCAAGCCCAUCGACCUGAGUGAGCUAAAACGCCGGAACACGCAGGACCCCAAGAAGUCCUAGGGCACCUGCCUGGCCCCGGGGCCAGCCUCUCCUGGCUUCCCCUCAACUGCAGGUGGGGCCUGCAUCCCGGGGCCUCACCCCCUAGGCCUAGGAGGGCAUGGCUGAUGGCUGAGGCCUGGGCCCCUGCCUUUCCUCUGGAGGGGUCUCAAGCCCCCAUCAUUGGUGGGUGUGGGCCUGGUCCUGCCCUCCCUGCACCUGGCUGUGUCUAGGGAUCUGUCCCUCUCUAUCCCCACUCCGGCUCAUCCAUUGCCCACCACCCACCCCUGGCCACUUCCGUAUCAGAGGGGGCACAGGGACUGUGUCUCCCUGCUGGGGGACUGGUGGGGGCUGUCCCUGAGGUGGCCAGGGGCUAGGACAAGGGCAGCCCCACCCGGACCUAGUGGAGUUCCCUGCUGUCCCUGCUGUCUCCAGCCUGGACACUCUGGAGUGUGUGAGUGCCCUUCCUCCCUGCCCAUCCUUCUAACACUUCCCAUCCCUGUGCCAGCAUCUGGGUGGCACCAGCUCUCCAGGCUCACCUCAAGAGGUCUCGGGGACCCAGUCCUGACCUGCCAUGGUCAGGCCGCGAUGCUGAUCCUGAGCUGGGGCACUGCCCACUGGCUCCUGGCUCGGCGUGCUGUACAGGAAGCCACCAGAGCCCCUUUCUCCUCACCCUCCAAAAGCUGUGUGUCUGUUGGAGCUGAGAACCAGUGAAUAAAGGCGAGUGGCACUGA